AUGUGUCUGGCUCUGCCCUCCAGGGGGGCCACGGCCAAGCAGCAGCUGGGACACAAGGACACAAUUAAUCUGACUUGGAUGGCUCUCACCUCUUCGCUGGCUACAGCUCUUGGUACAGUUAUAAAGACUCAGGUGUUCAGUAGUUCAGGUGAAAAUGUCAAUCUGGCAUGUAUUAAUGCUCUUUCUGGCUGCACCUCAACUACAUGGACCUACAACAGCAAACAUAGAGCAUCAGGUGCAGUAGAACUGAUUCAUGGAGGAAUAAAGAAGAAAAACAUAAAGAGAGCUGAGAGAGUGAGUCUGGGGUCUGACUGCUCUUUGAACAUCUAUAAAACAACAGAAGAAGAUCAAGGACAAUACACCUGCAGACAAUAUGUGAAAGGCCAAGAACAUGGAACUGAUGCACAAGUUUUUCUACAUGUCCUUCAUGUUUCUUCUUCAUCCACACAGACUGAGAUGAGAUCAGGCAGCUCUGUGACUCUUACCUGUCAUUUGUUUACAUAUGAUAACACUUGUGAUCAUUCGGUCCACACUGAGGAUCUUCAGCUGUUCUGGGUGAAUCAGGUUGGUGUUAAUCUACAGACAGACUCCAGAUAUCAGAUAUUAUCAGGACCCUGUAUCAUCACUCUGACUACAAUACUCCUGAAUGAAGACAACAACACAGAGUUGAGAUGUUUGGUUAAAAAGAAGAAUGAGAUUAAAAUCUCAGCCAGCUACACUGUUAAGUUUAUGGGACCAACCAAGACAGACGCAGUGACUGCAGCCACCACCAUAAACACUGAGAGACGCUCAACUCUUAACACAACAGUAACUCCUAUACAACACAGUCAAGCUAAACUAACAUCCACUCUGCAUAGCAUCAACUACAACAAACAGAAAACAGAAAACAUCAAGUCCUACAGCACCAUCAGCUCCUAA